AUGAAUCACUUCCCUCACGGCUGGGGCAGACCCAGAGAUGAUGUUUACGGCGCAUACGACUACUCCCACUUCGGCCCUCAAGACCAUGCAGGCCCCAUUCAACAUACUCAGUCACCCAUCGUUACUGGUACUUCAGUCAUCGGCAUCAAGUACAAGGACGGUGUUGUCAUUGCCGCCGACAACUUAGCUUCAUACGGUUCCCUCGCCCGCUUCACUGAUGUCAAGCGUCUGCGUGUCUUCAAUAAGCAAUCCAUCGUCGGCUUUGGUGGCGAUGUUUCCGACAUGCAAUACCUCGACCGCCUCCUCGGCACCCUGAGCAUCAACGAGAACUACCAAUCAUCCGACGAUGUCACCCAACUCUCGGCCAAGAACCUUCACACCUACCUCAGCAAAGUCAUGUACAAGCGCCGCUCAGACUUCAACCCCCUGUGGAACGCCAUCCUCGUCGCAGGUCUCGAUGACAAGAAGAAGCCUUUCCUGGCUAGUGUCGACCUACUCGGUACCACCUUCAGCGCUCCUACCCUCGCCACUGGUUUCGGUGCCCAUCUCGCACAACCCAUUCUUCGUCGCGCAGUGCCCGAUGAGGAGGCAUCAGCCAAGUUGACCAAGGAGGAGGCCGUUGAGACCAUCAAGGAGUGUAUGAAGGUUCUCUUCUACCGCGACGCAAGGAGUAUGGAUCAAUACAGCAUCGCCGUCAUCGACGCUCAAUCAGGUGUCGACCUCAAGGAGACCGAGAAGCUGGAGAGCCAGAGCUGGGCAUUCGCAGAGGGUAUCAAGGGCUACGGUACUCAAACAGUAUAG